AUGUCCAAACCUCAACAAAUACACGAAUAUUUCAAGACUCCAUCAUCGAAAUGGAAUAUUACCGAGUUUUUGGAAGUUUGUGACUUGGAGCUGUUCGACCGCAAAAUAGAAAGUUAUAUUACAUCUCUUAAGGCUAUUGUUAAAAUGGAGGAAGGCAAAAAACGCAAAAAGGCACAGCUUUUGCUAGAUAAUUAUAAGAAGGCAAGUACGAGUUUUUUCUUUGUUGGAAAUGCAGGAAUAGGUGGCGUGGUAAGGUUCUUUGAGAAUGCUUACCAUUCAAGGCUUCGAGCUGAGCCACAAAGCCAGCGUUGGGGCACUGGGAGCUUCGAGUUUGCCGGUGGUAAACGGCCUGAUUUUACAGUAGCACGAAAAUGGAAGGAACGUAAGAAUCAUACAGCCAGUGAACCCUCGGUUCACUUCCAUCAACCGACAAUCAUGGACAGCACUGUAGUUGGGUCUGUUGGGAUUAAUGAAGGAACCUUUAGUACAAAGUUUAUGGCGAAGGAAAAAAAACAUGAUAAUAAAACGAUAAAAUUGGAUUUGAAUGACGAGAUCAAUAACUUUUUUCAAAGUCCCCCUGAACAAGAAUCAACCAAUCCAAUUAAGAAACGGUGGAGAUCAGAAAUCGUAAGCAAUGAAGCAGACAACAAGGACAAGGCCAAGUUUGAAGAACAAGAAUCCACUUCUACAUCUGAGGAAGAAGAUUUGGAUUAUUCUACAUCUGAAGACGAAGAUUCUGAUUAUAUACCAAGUGGUGCCGAAGAUCAGAGUCCUCCAUCAUUGUUAUUAUCGUCACAGCUCAAGGAAUUCCAAAAAUCCUACGCAAAAAUGAAUGUGGCACAAAAGUGGUUUCUCUCAAGUGGAAAGUGUGUCGAAGACACAAUUUAUGAACACUGUAAGCAACUGCCAGUCGAAACUUAUCUCCAUUCGUGGAUUAUUGACUUAGACGAUCAAGAAGCAGAAAUGUUAUUUAAUGUGGAAGAAUGGAAUGAGAUUCGCCAUACAGUAAGAGAACCACCAGAAGUUGAUAGAACUUUUGCAGAGUCCAUGGUUAAAACAACAAACGAACUGAGACAGGUCUUAAAAACGACGUCCUUCCUAAAUGAGAAUGAACCUUAUAAUCGCGAAAAACAUUAUGACGCAGAGUGGGCUGAACUCGUAAUGAGAAAAUUUCUUACGGAUUAUGAGGAUCCUAACGAACUAUUACAAAAACAACAUCUCGAAUCCUGGUACGAUAUAAACGUUUGGUCUCUAGUCGUUGAUCACGGUCUUCGAAAUGUAAUAGGAAUGGAAACCGUGAGAAAGGAAUCAUCAAGUGAAGCCGUAUCCAAGAGAAAAAAUCGGAAGAGGAUACGUACACGUCGCAAAGAAGCGGGUCGUAAAAAGAUGGGAUAUAGAAUGGACGGGAUAUUUCGAAUGUAUGUUGAUAAUGUGGAGUACGGAGCAGUUGAAGUGGGUAAGAAGUUUGAAGAAACCAAAUUGCUUGCUGAUGGGUACAAACUGGGAAAAGCUAUGCACGACAUACUUAUAUGCCUGAGCAAAAAAGUCCAUUUCGAAGAAACAAGAGUGAGGAAACUGCGAGUUGUCGGCAUGCUUCACUUGGGCCUCAAAUUGCAAGUUUCGUAUUUGAGUAGUCCCAAGGGUUAUGUAUCAAUAUUAAAAAGGGAGAAGCUCUUUGAGAUACCAGCUACUAUCGAAAAAAUAAGAGACCUUAUCAGGGUUUUGGCCAAUGUAUGGAUGUUGAAGCGAAUAGUCUUGGGUUGUAUAGAGACUGUGAACAUGAAAACCCAAAAUGAUGAUGAAUUUUUACAGGAACUUAUCACAAUAGGCACGGAAACUCCUCCACCUACAGUUAUUUUACCAUGGUCUUGUGAUACAAAAUAA